AUGUUUGGCGACCCGCUCUACAAGAUCCCUGUCAAGGCCUACUCCCCCGAAAAACAGACUUGGUCCUCGCGGUACAAGUCGGCGCGAACCCCCGUCCACAGCCUCCGGGUCGUCACUUGGAACGUCGAUUUCAUGGCCCCCGGCGCCGCCCCGCGGAUGGAGUGCAUCCUCGAACAUCUCCGUCGCCGGACUCUCACCGAAAAACCCCAGCCUUCGUGCAUCCUCUUGCAGGAGCUCAACAAGGACAGCUUCGCCACGCUGCUCAGCGAUCCUUGGGUGCGCGAGCACUACGCCAUCACACCCAGCGACCCCAAGUACUGGCCGCGCGGGUCCUCCUACGGUGUCGCCACCCUGGUCUCGCGCCACGCGCGCAUCCUCUCCUCGUCGAUGCUCACGUAUACGGGGAGCUGCAUGGGCCGCGGCGCGCUCUUCGUAGACGUCGAGAUGUGCAUCCCCGGGGGCGAUGGACACCGGGGCGUGCUCCGGAUCGCGAACACCCAUCUCGAGAGCCUGCCGGAGGGGCAGCGGCAGCGAUCGGUGCAGCUCUCCGCUAUAGCGCGCGUACUCCGCGCUCCGGGGAUCACGGCGGGGCUCGUCGGCGGGGACAUGAACAUCAUCUCUCCUGCGGACGAACCGAUCGGGUCCAUCGCAGGGCUUGCGGACGCGUGCCGCGACACGUCCCCGAAGGCGUUCACAUGGGGACACCAGCCACCGACACAAUACCCGCCCGGGCGGUUGGACAGGGUGUACACCCUGCCUGGGACGCUCGACACGGGAAGGGUGAAGGUGAUCGGAAAAGGCCUCAAGACGGGCCGUGGGGCGUGGGCGAGUGACCAUCGUGGUCUGGCGGUGUUGGUUACGCUCAGGGCCUAUGACGAGUCGAGCUGCGACGAGUGCCGUCACGUUGGACAAUGA